UCAAAAUGUAACUUCCGUUUCAUUUAUUUACAAUUUUGUAAGUUUCAACAGUUUCUUAAACUUCUCGCAUAAUAAUUUUACCGAAUUUUUGUAAGAUUUUGGAUCUUUUGCUGUUAUUUUCUUUAACAGUUGUUCAAAACAGACAACCCAGACUGAUUCUUGAUGUUGCUCAGCAUUUGGGAGAAAAUACAGUACGUACUAUUGCUAUGGAUGGUACAGAAGGUAUCGUUCGUGGUCAACCUGUCAAUGAUACAGGUUACCCAAUCCGUAUUCCAGUAGGAGAUGCUACUUUGGGAAGGAUUAUAAAUGUAAUGGGUGAACCUAUUGACGAAAGGAGUCCCAUUGAAACUGAGAAGAGAGCCUCUAUCCAUGCUGAAGCUCCUGAAUUCGUAGAUAUGAGUGUAGAACAAGAAAUUCUUGUAACUGGAAUCAAGGUCGUAGAUCUUUUGGCCCCCUAUGCCAAAGGAGGUAAAAUUGGUCUCUUUGGUGGUGCAGGUGUAGGAAAAACUGAAUUAAUUAUGGAACUUAUUAACAAUGUAGCCAAAGUCCAUGUCAGAGUCAUCUCCCUCAAAGACAAAACCUCAGCGAUAGCUCUAGUCUAUAGUCAAAUGAAUGAACCUCUAGGUGCUCGUGCCCUUAUCACCUUGACUGGAUUGACUGUAGCUGAAUAUUUCCGUGAUCAAGAAGGACAGGAUGUGCUUUUCAUUGACAACAUUUUUAGAUUUACUCAGGCUGGUUCCGAGGUAUCUGCCCUUCUGGGUCGUAUCCCCUCAGCCGUAGGUUACCAACCCACCUUGGCCGCUGAUAUGGGUACUAUGCAGGAACGUAUCAAUACCAAUAAAAAAGGUUCCAUUACUUCUGUACAGUCCAUCUAUGUACCUGGUGAUGACUUGACAGAUCCCGCCCCUGCCACCACUUUUGCAAAUACUUUUUGCCUGUAA